UUUGCAGUCGUGUCCUUUUUAGAUAGACGUCAGCUCUGUGGGAUCUUCUCAAGUUUUGACCAAUUCACACGCCUGCUGUCUGCUAUUCAUUUGACGUGGAUAUCAUCUUGAAGAAGGCUCUGGCUUUUUAACUUGCAUCGGGACAACAACACAAACAACAAAAUGCCUGGACCAGCAGCAAGUGCAACCAAUGUUGGGGCCUCGAGCCGCUCCCCCAGUAAGACUGUGGCCCCUCGCGCAGCAGGAUCCACAGUCAGGCAAAGGAAAGCCACCAGCAGUGGCACACGCAGCGGUGGCAGGACCACAGGAUCGGCGGGCACCGGUGGCAUGUGGCGCUUCUACACAGAAGACUCGCCAGGCCUCAAAGUCGGCCCGGUGCCCGUGCUGGUGAUGAGUCUGCUCUUCAUCGCCUCCGUCUUCAUGCUGCACAUCUGGGGAAAGUACACCCGCUCUUAAACUCUGCCUGACGACCUCUGACCCUGCGCCUCGGCUUCUUAACACAUUGGACCUGGACCAAAUGAACAACAACCCCCCCCGCUUCCCUUCUGCACUACAACACACGCAGACACACAAACUUUUUUUUAAUUCAGUACAUGAUUUUCAUCUGCACUGAUGUUGGUAUCCACCUUGCUUCUGCCCCCUCCUGUGUUUUAAAUAACUGAUGGGGUGAAGGUGAGGAAGCCAUGUCUGUGUUUUUGUAUAUGGCCCGCCUCCGAGCAGCAGCUGCAUUCAAGUUCAGUGCAGCUUUCAAGGACAUUGUUGUUUUCAGGCCCCAGCAAACAUUUCCUCUUGUAGCCUGAAUUGACUUUUUUUUUUUUCAUUGUUAACAUUUGUACAAAUGUAAUUGUAAUAUUGUACAAUAAAAAAGUAAAAAUUUA